AUGAAGUUAUUUCUCUUAAUCUUCUUCCUUCUUUGCUUUCAUUUUCUCUUCAGCUUCACACUUUCUCUCUCCUCCGAUGGUCUAGCACUUCUCUCUCUAAAAUCCGCCGUUGAUCAAUCCAGCGACGGCGCAUUCUUUGACUGGAACGGCGGCGAUUCUUACCCCUGCGGCUGGUCGGGAAUUUCCUGUGCGAAUAUCUCUGGUAUUCCGGAGCCACGUGUCGUCGGAAUUGCUCUCGCCGGGAAGUCUCUCCGUGGUUAUCUUCCUUCGGAGCUUGGUACGCUUCGGUAUCUUCGCCGUCUUAAUCUUCAUGAUAAUGAAUUCUAUGGUGUUGUUCCAAUGCAGCUGUUUAAUGCUACUGCACUUCAUAGUAUUUUUCUUCACCGGAAUAAUCUUUCCGGUCCGUUUCCGGCUUCCGUUUGUGCCAUUCCACGUCUGCAGAACCUUGACCUAUCUGUUAAUUCAUUAUCCGGCAAAAUUCCUGAUGAUGUUAAGAAAUGUAAGAAUCUUCAGAGGCUUAUUCUAGCGAGGAACAAGUUCACCGGAGAGAUUCCAACCGGCGUGUGGUCGGAACUUGAUAAGCUCAUCCAACUCGACCUCUCCGCGAAUGAUUUCAAAGGUUCGAUCCCGGACGACAUAGGCGACCUUGUUUCCCUAUCCGGCACUCUAAACCUUUCAUUCAACCACUUUUCCGGCCGAAUUCCGGGCUCACUUGGGAAAUUACCCGCCACCGUGAACUUCGACCUACGAAACAAUAAUCUAAUGGGCGAGAUUCCACAAACGGGAACAUUUUCGAACCAGGGCCCAACUGCAUUCCUUGGUAACACAAACCUGUGCGGACUUCCACUAAGAAAAUCUUGCACAGGUUCUGGCUCGUCUUCUCACAAAGACGAGUCAGGUAACGGUUCGAAAGGGUUGAGCCCUGGUUUGAUUAUUUUGAUCUCAGCAGCUGAUGUUGUUGGGGUCGCACUUGUUGGAUUAUUGAUUGUUUAUGUUUACUGGAAGAAGAAAGAUGAUGAAAAUGCAUGUAGUUGCAUAAGGAAAAGAAGGUUUGGUGAUGAGAAUGAGAGUGAGAAAGGGAAUGCUUGUACUUUGCUUCCAUGUAUGAAUGGUUUGAAGAAUGAAGAAGGUAAUGAUGAGAGUGAAAUGGAGGGAGAUGGAGGGAAAGGAGAAGGUGAAUUGGUGACAAUUGAUAAAGGUUUUAGGAUUGAGCUUGAUGAGCUUUUGAAGGCAUCAGCAUAUGUGUUGGGGAAGAGUGCAUUAGGGAUUGUGUAUAAGGUGGUGCUUGGAAAUGGGGUUCCGGUCGCCGUGAGGAGAUUAGGGGAAGGUGGAGAAGAGAGGUAUAAGGAGUUUGUGACAGAGGUGCAAGCCAUUGGGAAGGUGAAGCAUCCUAAUAUUGUGAGGUUGAGAGCUUACUAUUGGGCUCAUGAUGAAAAGCUUCUCAUUAGUGAUUUCAUCUCUAAUGGCAAUUUGGCAAAUGCACUUCGAGGUAGAAAUGGCCAACCAUCUUCAAACCUUUCAUGGUCAACAAGGUUAAGAAUUUCAAAAGGAAUAGCUAGAGGUUUAUCCUAUCUUCAUGAAUUUAGUCCUAGAAAAUUUGUCCAUGGUGACAUAAAACUCACAAACAUCCUACUCGACAACGACUUACAACCCUACAUUUCCGAUUUCGGUCUCAACCGACUAAUCAGCAUCACAGGAAACAACCCUUCUAUUGGCGGAUUCAUGGGCGGAGCACUACCUUACAUGAUGAAAACAUCACAGAAAACGAAUAACAGGUUGUCAUUAGACAACAGUCGUAGUAACAAUUACAAAGCUCCCGAGGCUCGUGUGCCCGGCUGUAGACCAACACAGAAAUGGGAUGUUUAUUCAUUAGGCGUCAUUUUGCUUGAGUUGUUAACUGGGAAAUCUACGGAAUCUUCUCCAACGUCCGCGUCUUCAUCGGCUUCUGUUGAAGUUUCUGAUUUGGUAAGAUGGGUGAGAAAUGGAUUUGAUCAAGAAAGUCCAUUAUCUGAAAUGGUUGAUCCAUCUCUGUUACAAGAAGUUCGCGCGAAGAAAGAGGUUUUGGCUGUGUUUCAUGUUGCACUUGCUUGUACUGAAGGUGAUCCUGAAGUUAGGCCUAGAAUGAAAACUGUGUCUGAAAAUCUUGAAAGAAUUGGAAGGUAA